AUGAAAUUCUCUUCCAUUUUCGCCACCUUCUCCGCUGUCGCAGCUCAAGAAUCCCGAGGAAUCAAACCUCCAGGACGACUUGAAAAGACAACAGGAAACUUCAAAAAGUGGCUCUCACAAAACAUCAUCGACGCUGACGCCAUCGACAGAUGGUCGAUUCGAGUGGACAAAAUGACCGCCAACAUGCUCAGUGCUUACGGCCGAGCAAACUGUGGCUUCUACGACUCAUCUUUGACCAACGGUGGUCCAGACCCAAACCCAGAUCUUCGACCCAACGGCAAGCCAAGAAAGGUCUUUGAGCGAAAACGAAGACAGGGACUGACCCAGAUCACCAAGCAGUUCCGAGUCUGGUCCGAGCGACACAUCAACGAAUGCGGCGGUCAGCGACGAUUCAACCACAUUGCUAGAAGAAUGGACAAAUGGACAAGCAAACUCGGAAACCGAUGGGAGAACCAGUUCUAA